CUCUUCAUAUCAUCUCCUCUUACCAUUAAAUAUUGUACUGUCAUCCCAGUUAUUAUUUGGAAGUACUUGUACUAUAACUUUGUACUAUGAUUCCAUUUUCUAGGAGGACUUCCACAUCCAAUAGUACUUGCCACUGAGUUUACAUGUUAUCCAGUGCAAUUCUCUCGGUUUUGAGAAAGAUGAAAGUGAACUUCUUAUCUGCAACAGACUUCAGGUAGCUUAUUUAAGAACAAUCAGCCAUUCUUGCAGUUCAUCAUCCACUUAACUAGAAACAUCGAUGCAGAUUUGCCUUUAGAGACCAGAGACCAGCCAUAUGGGUGGAUCACAGUGGCAAUUCUUGGGGCCUAACAUGCUACCCAGCAUCUCCGCGGACGAUUUAGAUCAGCUAGCAUCUGCUGUUUAUGCAACUGAUUGCUAUUUGGAAUUUCGAAAACAUGAUGAUGAAUAUGGGAUUGCUAGUCCAAGCUCACAGGUUCCUGAGCCCAAUAGUACUAUUGUACAGAUGCCACCAAAUAAAUCUUCAGGGGAUGGCAUUUCCAUUGACUCCAAUUUACAAACAAUUCUGAAACCUUAUUUUUGCAGUAACCAACUCCAUAAAUCUUGUGAAAUAUUUCAGAAGGGUCUGUCAUGUAUUGAAUCAAGAGGAAAUGACUUUCUUUCUCACGAUAAUAUAAGAUUCCUUGCUGCAAAUGCCACCUUGAUUGGAACACACAUUCAGUUUCCUUCAAUUGGACAAAACAAUCCCGAACUCAUCUCCUCUUCCCAACAAGAGAAAUCAUCUUUGAGAGGUCUGGAGGUUGCUUCCUUUACUUGCAGUAGUAGUUCUGCAUCUUCAGGACCAAACGUUUCGAGUAAGAAAAGAAUGCGAUGGAAUCAAGAACUUCAUGAGAAGUUCAUCAACUGUGUCAACAAUCUUGGUGGUGCUGAGAAGGCAACGCCAAGGACAAUUCUAAAGAUGAUGGAAUCAAAAGGAUUGACUAUCUUUCAAGUCAAAAGUCACUUGCAGAAGUAUAGAGCUGAGAAGUAUAUGUCUGAACGUAAACAAGGAAAAACUGAAACAGCAAGCAGUGACAUACCUCAGCUCUGCAUGAAAAAUACCAUGCAAAUCAAGGAAACACUGAAACUGCAGCUAAAUUUUCAGAAGCAUCUUAACGAACAGCUAGAGAUUCAGCGGCAUGUACAGCAGAAAAUAGAGGAAAAUGGAAAGCAGCUGAAGAUGAUGUUGCAAGAACAACAGAAAAUAAAUAAAAGACAUAUAAUUCGACAGCUUAGAGACUGCUUCCAGAGACCAGCCAUGGAGGGAGGAUCAAAGUGUCAAAAGCUGGGGCCUCAUAUGCUAUCCAUGAGCGAUUUAGAUCAGCUAGCAUCUGCUGUUUAUGCAACUGAGAAACAUGAUGGUGAAUAUGGGAUUGCUAGUCAUUUAAGCUCACAAGCUCCUGAGGCUAAUACUCUGCCACCAAUUGAAUCAUCAGGGGUUGAAAUUGUUACUGAAUCCAAUUUGCAAACAAUUCUGAAACUCCUUUUUUGCAGCAACCAACACCAUAAAUCUUGUGAAAUGUCUCAGAAGAGUCUGUUUAGUAUUGAAUCAAGAGGAAAUGAUCACUUCCUUUCUCAUGACAACAUAAAAUUACUUACUGCAAAUCCCAACUUGAUUGGAACGCACCUUCAGUUUCCUUCAAUUCCACAAAACAAUCCGGAACUGAUCCCCCCUUCUGAACGAGAGAAAUCAUCUCUCAGAGAUCUGGAGGUUGCUUCUUUUACUUGCAGUAGUAGUUCUGCAUAUUCAAGACCAAGACAUUCGAGGAAAAACAGAAUGCGAUGGAGUCGAGAACUUCAUGAGAAGUUCAUCAACUGUGUCGACAAUCUUGGUGGUGCUGAGAAGGCAACGCCAAAGACAAUACUAAAGAUGAUGGAAUCAAAAGGAUUGACCAUCUUUCACGUCAAAAGUCAUUUGCAGAAAUAUAGAGCUGAGAAAUAUAUGUCUGAACGAAAACAAGGAGAAACUGAAAGAACAAGCAGCGACGUCCCUCUUCUCUACAUGGAAAAUAUCAUGCAAAUCAAGGAAACACUGCAACUGCAGCUAGAUUUUCAGAAGCAGCUUAAUGAACAGCUAGAGAUUCAGCGACAUCUACAGCUGAAAAUCGAUGAAAAUGGAAAGCAGCUGAGGAUGAUGCUCGAAGAACAACAGAAAUAUAAAUGGAGAUUGCUCUCGUGAAUAGACCCUCGAAGAUGUUUUUGACAUUAAAAUAAUACGUACAUGCUUUCUUGCUAUAGCUAGUUAGUUCCUUAACAGCCAUAAUCACUUGAAUCAGUUUGUUUUCAUCUUCUAUAAAAUGAAUAAUUCUGUGACAAUGGCAGAAAAUAUUUUCUUUAGUUA